AUACCUGUAAAAAUUGCCCACCUAUUAUGAACUAGAUUCAUGAUAUGAAGGAUGCUAUUGCUUAAAACUUUAUUCAGUGCACAUCCCUAACAUCUUUUGUAUCCCCAAGGAUUUGCAAUGCCAGGGCCAAAGGGAGACAAAGGCGAUCCAGGACCCAGGGGUCCUCCUGGAGAAUCUGUUGCAGGGCCUCCAGGUCCCCCAGGACCUCCUGGCCCACCAGGGAUAAGCUAUGCUCUAGGGAUGCCUGACCUUGGCUCUGGAGAUGGCGAGGAUCUGGUACCAAUAGGGUUCAGGGAAGGAGAGCGAGGGCCACCAGGCCCUGAGGGAGAAUGUUACUGCAAUAUGAGCUAUGUGGUGGCUACUGUGGUUGCCAAGUUGCCCAAGGGCUUACCAGGUCCCCAAGGACCUCCAGGGCGUGAUGGUGUGCCGGGUACCCCAGGAACCUCUGGACAGCCAGGUGCCCCUGGAGAGAGAGGACCUCUUGGACCAGCUGGGCUAAAAGGAGAUGUGGGUGAGAUGGGAAGUCCAGGGCCAGAGGGACUGCAAGGACCUAAGGGUGAAGCGGGAAUGGAUGGGGCACCUGGACUACCAGGAGAACGAGGGCCACAGGGACCACCAGGACCCCCAGGCUGGGGCAAUGCUGGUGUUGAUCCCAUGUGGAAACCUCGCACCAUGUUCAAGGUAGAUGGUGGCAUGGGCUUGGCUCCAGCACGGCCAGGGACUCCUGGCACCCCUGGCACAAAGGGUGAUGAGGGUCCAAGGGGUCCACGUGGUGAUAGAGGGUAUCCUGGCCCCAAGGGAGACCGUGGUGACACAGGCAUGAAGGGAUCCAAGGGAGAACGGGGUCUUCCAGGUACAGCAGGGGAGUCAGGCCCCAAGGGAGAACCUGGUGUUCCAGGUAUGAAUGGAGCACCGGGACCCCCAGGCUUUGGUGGUGUGCCUGGGACUCCAGGCAUGGCGGGGGAGAAAGGUGAGCGUGGUGAUCCGGGUAUAGGAGAACCAGGACCUCCUGGAGAGCCUGGGGGCCUGUCAGACAGAGAUCGCAGGAUUAUCUUGGAGGAGCUCAUUGAGACUUUGGAUGCCAAGACUGGUGGGACAGAUGGGUCAUCUGGAAGCGGCUUCAGCCUUUACAACACCCCUGGUGGUGUGCCGUGGUUAGAAGUGGAUGAUGACGAGGAUUUGAACUCGGAAGGAUCCGGACUCAAGUACAAACCUUUCUAUUCCAAGACUGGAUCUGGACUCAGAGGACAACCAGGACCUCCAGGACCACCAGGACUUCCAGGGGCAGAGGGAAAGGAAGGGGACGUAGGGCCUCCUGGGCUGCCUGGGCCACAGGGCACUCCUGGACUGAAGGGUGAGCCUGGUAUUCCUGGGAUGGAUGGGGUGCCUGGAAUAGUUGGUCCAGUAGGUCCUCCUGGCCUGAAAGGAGACAUGGGACCUCCUGGUCCUCCUGGACCCAUAACCACUGUCAUCCAACCAGAUGGUACAAAUGUCACAGUGGUAAAGGGUGCCAAGGGUGAGCGGGGAAAACGAGGCAAACGAGGCCGCCGAGGAAAGCCAGGUCCACCUGGACCUCUGGGUGACCUAGGCCUCCCUGGGUGGCCGAAUGACACUGUUGUCGGAGCACCAGGCCGGCCAGGACCUCCUGGACCCGCAGGACCUGUAGUGAAAGGUGAAAGAGGAGAACCUGGACCUCCAGGACCUCCAGGACCCCCAAAUGGAGGUGGUGGUGGCUUCUUGAAUGGUCUUCUGGGUGGGGGCACUCCUGGUACUGAAGAACAGCCUAUUAAUCAAGGUCUCCUGGACCACCUGGACUGCCAGGUCCACCUGGUCUGCCAGGCCCUCCGGGCACACCAGGUGCUCCAGGUUCAUCAGGGCCACCUCUUCCUCAUGGAGGGGAAAAGCAAAUGUUUAUACCAGUGCCUGGCCCACCCGGGCCACCCGGACCACCAGUCUUGGUUCAUUUUGUUCAUUUUGGUGAUGUGUUGGAUUAUAUUAGUACUUUCAUGGCUAGGACUACGAGGCCCUCCAGGUUUAUCUAUUGUAGGUCCAGAAGGCCCACCAGGUGAGCCUGGUAUGUCCCGCCGUGGCUACCCAGGUAAGGCAGGGCCUCGGGGCCCUCCAGGCCCUGCCGUUCCUGGACCAAGAGCGGCUUCAGGAAGUCUUGGAGGUAUUGUUGAACUUCGUCGGCGUAUUGCAGGCCGACGCAGGAAUCAAGGUCCCCCGGGUCCACCUGGCCUUCCUGGCCGCUCUGCAGAUGGGGAGUGGGAAGGUGGUGUGCCACAGCCAACUAUUGUGCCAGGGGCCAUAACUUUUCCUGACAGGGAAGCUAUGCUGAAGAUGAGUUCAGUGUCACCAGUAGGAACCCUUGCCUUUGUGGUGGAGGAAGAGGCAUUACUAGUAAGGGUUGAAGCUGGAUGGCAGUAUGUUGCAUUGGGUUCAGUUGUGCCAUUACCCAGCACCACCCCAUCUCCCCUCACCACCCCUGACCACCUGGAGACACACAAACCCCCAGGUCUUGUGGUGGAUUCCCUUAUCAGCACUUCCGUAGAGGGUCCCAGGCGAGGAUUUCCUCACAUGUUGAGGAUGGCAGCUCUCAACGAGCCUUUCACUGGAGACAUGCGAGGAGUGAGGGGAACAGACUACGCAUGUUAUAGACAGGCUAGAAAGGCAGGAUUGAAGGGAACCUUCAGGGCACUUCUCACAUCACGUGUACAAAAUUUGGAUUCCAUUGUGAGAUCUUCUGACCGAAAUUUGCCUGUGGUCAAUCUGAAGGGAGAAGUGCUGUUUAAUUCCUGGAAUGAAGCUUUCUCUGGGUCAGGUGGAAUCUUUGCGCAAAAACCUCGCAUUUUCAGCUUUGAUGGUAAAGAGGUUCUCACUGAUCCAACUUGGCCACAGAAAUAUGUAUGGCAUGGUUCAACUGUUCACGGUGAGAGGUCCCUCUCAUCUUACUGUGAUGCCUGGAAUAGUGAUGGACGAGAAAUGGUUGGUCUUGCUUCCUCCCUCCUCAAGAAGCAGCUGCUGGAUCAGGAGCAUAUGAGCUGCCAGAAUUCAUUUAUAGUGUUGUGCAUUGAGGCUACUAGUCAGUCAGGUUCUCGCCGCAGGCGCCAUGCAGCCUCCAGGGACCAGGAGCUGACCAUUCAGCAGUAUGAAGAAUUCUUGAGAGCAAUUUACAAGGAGCCUGGUGAAUGAGUUAUAAAUUAAUAGAAGUCUGAAAAGUCUUGAUUUUAUUUCUUAUUUAUGUCAUCAUAUUCCAUGCGAUGCAUUAUUCUUGUUACAUGAUGGUGAGAGUGGGAGGCUUUUGCAUUUACUCAAUGAAUGUUCGUUCCCACAUGAACUUGUGCUGUACGGAGUGAAAGUGAGAGGCUACAGAAACACACUUUGUGUAAGUCAACUCUUCCAGUAGUGUAAUUAACUUAUCAUGGAAUACAUAGCCAGUGCAUUGUGCUCCAUCACCUUUUAUAAUUUUUCAUGUAGCUGAUUUAGCAUUUAAAAGGGGGUUUCAUAAGAAUGUAUAGAAUUUGUACUUUUAAUACUUUUUUUUUUUGCAAGUUCUUUGUAAUUAUGAUUAUUAGAUUUAUUUUGUAAUUUAGUCUUACAUAGUUUGCAAAUUCCUCGUCGUGUUCCUCCACACAUUGUUUGUAAAUUUCCAUAACAUCAUUCAAUACUCAUAAUUAUGUAUAAAAUGAUAUACUGUUCCCUGUAGACUUGCUAUAAUUAUUUCUCAUUUUUUGCAUGCUAGUCUGCUGAUUGGAAUCCUUGUAAUUUUAUUUUAAUAUAACAUUAUAAAUAAAGACAUUGUUGUCUGCUAUACAACUGAGAUAGAUCUUCAAAGCAUUAUCUUUUACCAAUGAUAUUUACCUCAGUUCUGCAUUUAUGUGAGUAGUACUCUACAAGUCAUAUAACAGCAAUAGAUGAGAAUCAGUCUUUUUUUUUUUUUUUUUUUUUUUUGCUUACAACCUUUGUUUGUAGUUUAGCUGUCUUGAUGUUAGAGUACAUAAACUACUAGCUUUAUUUGUCUUUGAGCAUUCAGGUGCUGUAUCUGUAGGUGUUGUGCUACAGUUUUCACAAGGAUAUUCUACCUUGCAGAUCUUUUAGACAAACUGCCUAUCCUAUGUGCAUAUAUCUCCCAAAAUCAUUUCCUCUCUUUCUAGUGGCAUCCCAGUAAACUUUGAAUAUUCAUAAUACAACUUGACAAUGGGAGGGUAAAUAUAUCCUGCUAAUGGUCAAUAACCGGAAUGAUAAGACUCACCUCAUCAGUGGUUAUACAUCAUUUGUAAUACAUAAACAUUUUUAAAGACCUUUAAAUGUGAAAAUUUGGAGGUUGAAUAUAGGGCCAAAAGAUGUGAGUAUUAUAUAACUGUUUUUAUAUGAUGUAUUAUUUAAAAUGCAAUAAUAUGCCCUAAUUAUCUUGAGCCAGGUUUCAAUUCUGUAAUUCUAUUUUCAUGUUACCAUGAUGCAAUCAGUCCAUGAGUACGUUUAUUUCUUAUAUUGAUAAGAUAUUAUUUCUUCAGGUAAUAGAUAAGUGCAUUACAUACUUCAACUGUAUGAUCAUCAUCGUGUGGUAAAUUUGCUAAGCACCAAAUUACAAGAGCUUUGUUAAAAAAAAAAAAAAAAUUAAUUCAUGUCUCUUUGGAGCUGAUGUUCAAGGUCACAUGCAAGACAGAUUUCCUGUUCUGUGUACAGACCAAACACAAAAAUAUUCACUAAAAAUAAAAGCCCAUAUCCACAUCUUUUGUAUUAUAGACAAAUAUCUUCAUGCAGAGAAAACAUUAUGUAUUUAAAGUUCCAAAGAAAAUAUUUUUGUUAUGCUUGACUUAUUAAAUGUUGCCAUUUGUAUGACUCAUAUAUUUGACGUGUGAAAGACAUUUUCACUAAUUACACAGGUGUCAUAUUUAAAAUACUGCAUUUUAGAAUACCCACACUGUAUGUUCACCUGCAGUUAACUAGUCAUGUUCAGAAUGUUUGUACGAAUGCUUAGUGUGAAAGUACAUAGUUGUCCCUUCUGUUAAUCUAGCUUUACUUUUUAUGUAAUGUGAAGAAUUUAGCAUGAUUAAGUGACAAUAGGAGAAAGUUAAUUUAAAAAAAAAUAUAUAUACCAUCAUGUACUAUGCACUUUUUAUGAAAUAUAAAUGCAAACUUAAGUGAAAUGCAAAAUGAAAUCAAUUUCUGAUAUAAAAUUGUUCUUUCUGAAAAUUGUAUGUAAAUAUAUAACAAAAUAAAUAAGUUUAACUUAAUAUUUACAAUGAUCAGAUGUAGCUAAUUGUAACAAUUAACAGUAUAUUCUUGAUCAGGUGACAUAGCACAAUGAUGGCUCCCACAGAUUAUUAUUUACUAGGAUAAAACAAAUUUUCUUUUGGUAAAUUAUUCCUAGUAUAAAUGUGCAUUCUUUGUCAUAAUUUGUUACAGUAGGAAUUCAACUUUAGCAUUCCGAACAAUAAAUGUGAAAAUCUAUC